AAUGAUCACUCUGGUGGCUAUUGCAGGCCUGUACCUGCUUUAUAAGCUUGCCUGUUUCCUCCGCUUCUACCUGAUCGGCCGUCGCACCGGGUUCCCGCUGUACAUCGUCCCAAUCUUCUCGCAGAGCCCCGUGUGGAAGGUUCUCGGGCCCAUCUACCAGCCUGUCUUUCGCAGACAUCUGCCUGAAUGGAUCGCUAACCGGCUGGAUGUCGUGACACACGGCUGGGACUUUCGCCUGAAAAAUAUACUACAUGAACAGCUGGGGAGUGUGUUUGCAGUCGUCUCCCCGGAUGAAUGCACUCUAUGGAUCGCUGAUCCGACCAUCGCGUCUACGGUCCUCCAACGACGCCAGGACUUCGUCCAGCCGCAGGUGGUUGCCGAUGUGCUCGGUUUCUUUGGAGACCAUAUUUUUGCGGCCAAUGGAGAAACCUGGCAGCGGCAUAGGAAAAUCAUCGCCCCCCACCUCAAUGAAACGGUGAUGGAAACCGUCUGGAAGGAGACUCGCCAGCAGGCCGACGCCAUGGUCCAGUACCUGACCGAGCAUCCUGAGAGCGAGACUCUCAACGGACUGCGGAGCAUCGCGAUCAACGUUCUCGGCGAGACCGGGUACGGGCAGAACAUGCCCUGGUCGCCUGAUUUCGCGCAGAGGCUGGACUCCUCCACUGACCACGUAUCGGGGCGGCUGGCUUACUUCCAGACGAUUGCGAUGGUCACGGACCGGUUCAUUCAGGCGGCGCUGAUCCCGGGGUGGAUGAAGACAUUGCCAUUUAUGCCGCGACAGUUGCAGGUGCUGGGAAGGCAGAUGAAGCGAGUGCCAGGAUACAUCCAGGAGAUUCUAGCCGAGAAGAAACAGAAUGCAGACAAGACACGGCAUAGCUUUCUCGACAUGCUGGCCCAGUUUGUCGAUGACAACAAGACCGAGAAUCAGACGACGGAGAAAAAGCUCUUCCUCUCCCAAGACGAGAUCAGCGGCAAUCUCUGGAUCUUCACAGGUGCGGGCUUCGACACAACCGCCAACACGAUGGGAUACGCUGUGCUCCUCCUGGCCGUGUAUCCGGAAUGGCAGGCUUGGAUCCGAAGGGACUUGGAAGGCCUCAAGAACGAGGAAUGGAAGUAUAAUGAUGUUUUCCCCCACUGCCAGCGGAUAAUAGCUUUGAUGUUGGAAACCCUCCGGAUCUACACGCCUGUCCCACACAUCAGCCGUUGCGUGGUCUCGCGCCAAACCAUCGUCUCCAGCACAGGCACGCACGUCCUGCUGCCAUCGCUGAAUGUCUUUGUCGCCGGCCAGAGCCUGCACAACGACCCUGCCAUCUGGGGCGACGAUGUCCGCCGGUUCAACCCUGCGCGGUGGAUCAACAAUGAAACAAACACACUCAUCCCGCCGCCCAAGGGUGCGUUUCUGCCCUGGUCUGGCGGUCCGAGGGUGUGUCCUGGAAUGAAGAUGUCUCAGGUGGAAUUCGUCGCUUCGAUAGCCACCUUGUUCAAGACUAAACGAUGUGAGCCGGUCAAUGGGGGGACGACGCUACAGGAAAGACAGCGGAUCUUACAGGCUGUUAUGGAGGAUUCGGCGCCCAAGUUGACGUUGCAGGUUAGGGAUCCGACACAGGUUAAGCUGAGGUGGAGUGAUUUGUGAAUUAAUAGAAUAUAUUCAAUAUUAGGGUUUAGGG